GCAGGGCUUUAUAACCGGCGGUGCAGCGGCGGGCUGGCGGCUUAGCCUGGCGGUGGUUGGUACGAGAGGACGCGGGGGUCGAGGAGGCUUCGGUGAUAUUUCUCUGUGAGCUUCACCGAGUGCUGCUUCUGAAGGAGGACGGCGAUUUUCUCAGCUUUGCUCAGCAUCCUCCAGAGCCCUCCACCCCCGAGCAGGGACAUGCCGCUUCCUCCUCUUCGUUGUUUUUCCUCUCCCGAUACUCUUCAUCUCAAGGCGAAGCCGGAGGGAGAAAGAAGAAUCGAUAAUGUCAGCACUAAACUGGAAGCCCUUUAUUUAUGGAGGUUUAGCAUCAAUCACUGCAGAAUGUGGUACUUUUCCCAUUGAUCUGACCAAAACACGUCUGCAGGUUCAAGGUCAAGUUAAUGAUGCCAAAUAUAAAGAGAUCCGCUAUCGUGGAAUGGUGCAUGCACUAGUCAGAAUAUGCAGAGAGGAAGGAUUGAAAGCCUUAUACUCUGGGAUUGCACCUGCAAUGCUACGGCAAGCUUCAUAUGGAACUAUAAAAAUAGGCACUUACCAGAGCUUAAAAAGAAUGUUUGUUGAGCAUCCAGAAGAUGAAACCCUGAUAAUCAAUGUUCUAUGUGGCAUUCUUUCGGGAGUAAUCUCAUCGUCCAUUGCUAACCCUACAGACGUCUUAAAGAUCAGAAUGCAAGCCCAAGGUAGUGUGAUUCAAGGAGGAAUGAUGGGCAACUUCAUACAGAUCUACCAAAGGGAAGGCACUAAAGGAUUGUGGAAGGCAAUGUCAUUGACAGCACAGAGAGCUGCUGUUGUUGUUGGAGUGGAACUGCCGGUGUAUGACCUUACCAAGAAGCACAUAAUAAUGUCUGGAUUUAUGGGAGAUACAGUAUAUACUCAUUUCCUCUCAAGCUUUACUUGUGGGCUAGCUGGAGCCCUUGCAUCCAACCCAAUUGAUGUUGUGAGAACACGCAUGAUGAAUCAGAGAAGCCAACAACAUGGAGGACACUCAAACUACAAGGGUACUUUGGAUUGCUUGUUACAAACAUGGAAGAAUGAAGGCUUUUUCGCUCUGUAUAAAGGGUUUUGGCCAAACUGGUUAAGACUUGGUCCUUGGAAUAUCAUUUUCUUUCUGACCUAUGAACAGCUGAAGAAAUUAGACUUCUGACAUGUGGAACUGUAUGCUGGAUUCUGUCAAUGUACUGUUUGAGUUUAGAGCGACCUGUAAGUUAUCCUGAGUAUCUGCUCUUAUUGCCUGAGAUGCUGGUCAAAGGAAGAGGUCACUACAAGACUGUUGUGGAUGAGAGCAACCUGGAAGUGAUUUCAAGGCAAACUGGCUCCUGUGUGGCUUGCUCACGUCAUUUGGUGGAUGAUGUGCACUAUUUUCUGGACUGAACCAAACUUCUGUGAACUAUUUAAGUGUUCUUGAAUGUGAUGAUCUGUAAUGCAACUUUAUGCUGUUGAGACUCAGAUGCACAGUGUUUUGUAGGUGUAAGAGGUAAAUAACAAUCUUUCUCUCAAAGGAAGAUAGGUAGUACCAAGGAGCUGGGCUUUUCCUGUUUUCAGAAGUGUAUACAAUUUGACUGCAAUAGUUUAUAGUUUGCAAUGAACUGAAAGUGUCAUGAGACAUCAUUGCAGGCCUUCGGUUCAGUAAAAUACCUGCUGUGAUACAAAAUCUGCUCUGGUUUUAGAGAUUUCCUGUGUUCUCAGUCCUUAGAUGUCUGCAUAAUUUGCUGGGAAUAAUCCAGCUUCAUUUGAAAGUGUGGUUGCUACAGCUGUCAGUUUUGCACAGCUUGAGGAAAGUUGUAGUGGUGGAGUUUUUUUCGAUGUAUCAUUCUUGGUUUUCAGCACAAGUGAUUCUUCAAUACAUUCACAUGUAAAUUAUAAGUAGGAAUGGAGUUCAGGCAAGUCCAUGCUCAUCUGCCAGUCUUGCAGAGAAACUUUCCAUGCUUCUUCCCUUGUUGGGAAGAACUAGGUGUAAUGGUUACCGGCUGUUCUGUAUCAUCUGAAAGACAAAGCUUUAUGCCAAGCAGUUCAGGCUGUCACCUGAACAUAGGUGUCUAUGUAAAAAGAAGCAAAUGCCUCCAAAGGUAAGUCUGCUAUACAGACUGCUUUCCUUCAUUUAAAAAGACACCCAAAACCCCACUGAGCGCUUUCCUAUAGCGAACAGGCCCAAGUUGCUGUUACAUGCAAGUAAACACACAUGUAGAAAACAACUGCAACUUCCCUGAAGCGUUACCUUUUGGGUUAAACAUAUAUCAAAACUGCAGAGCCAUUAACUAAACAGUUAUGUCAAGGUUCUUACAAAUGCUGCUGUUAAUUCCAAGAAAGGAAAUGUGUGAGGUGCAAGUUGUACAGUCGUUCCUCCUGUGCACGCAGAGGGUAGCAAAGCAGGAUGCACAGCUUUGGAUUUUUGUGGCACUGUAUUAAUCUCUUAAAUGUUUUUGGUUAAUCAUACAUUCCACUUAAAGAAAUUUCUAUAAUCACUUAAAAGUAAUAAUUUUGAAUUCAUAAAUGGAUUUUUAAAUGCACAAGGCACUUUCUUUCCUAAGGUAUAAUGUUUUUCUAUGUAUAUGGAUAUGCUUAUGUGAAGUGUUUUUUCCUUACAGCUGUUUCUAUGCUUUAAUAGAAAUAUUUGUAAAUAUUUUUGUACACUGUGUAAACUAAGCAUAUGUUUUACAUUUUUAAGCUUAUUAAAAGUUUUAAAAUCAUCAC